AUGGUCGGAUAUGUUGCUUUCUUUAAAAAGAUUUGGGAAAAACGAAACAAAAUUUAUUUCGUGGUAUUCGAAGUUUUCUUCGUAAUUUUAUGGAUUACCGAAGUAUUGACCAAUCUCGCUUGGGCAUACAAAGGGAAAGAUUCAAUAUGUCAUCUUAAUACAAAAGAGUAUUAUUAUGACAAUCUUGUAAAUACAUGUAAUGCUUAUAUGGCUUCCAAUAUAGUUGGAUGGAUGGUCUUACUUUCAUUCGCUUUUGCCGCAGGAAUUUCUUGGAGAGUUCAUAAAAAAGAAAGGAUAGUAGAAAAUCCCACAAGAAUUGCGGCUAAGAAUAAUAUGACCA